AUGCAUAUAUUGUACAAUAUAGGGUUUGGUGUCAGUUCUAAUCACCAUGGAGAGCUUGUCAAGACGGACAGCCUACGCACUGCUUUUGCGACAGCCAUGUCACAAAUGUACAGGGACGAGGUCCCUCUCUACGGGGACCUCAUCCGUAUCGUGACCGAGGUCAAUCGCAAGGCCCGACACGGACGUAUAAACUCUGACAGCUUGCAGCGCAUGACUCUGGAGCGUCACGGAGCGAUCCGCCUAGGCAAGCCCGAGGAGCUCCAUACCAUCCGCCGAGUAUUCGCAGUGCUCGGUAUGCAGCCGGUUGGGUAUUAUGACCUCUCCGUCGCCAAACUCCCCUUACAUGCCACUUGCUUUCGACCGGUCGACAACUCCUCCCUCGCCACGAACCCCUUUCGCGUCUUCACAACGUUGUUGAGACCAGAUUUGGUUCGGUCUGAACAGGCCCGGAACCUGGCGCUUCAUCUGCUGUCGCAGCGAAAUAUCUUCACCGACGAGCUGAUGGCCAUCCUGGCGCUAGCCGAGAGACAGCAUGGAUUGUAUGCACAUGAAGCAGAUACAUUUAUCCGGGAGGCCCUCAAGACUUUUAGCUGGGCCCCUGUAGCCUCUUCGACAAGCGACGAGUAUAACAUGCUCAAGGCUCAGCAUCCCAUCCUCGCUGACAUCACUUGCUUCAAAACGGCACAUAUCAACCACCUGACCCCCCGAACCCUCAACAUCAGCCUGGCCCACAGCGCCAUGGGCAUGGAGGGCAUCGCGGUCAAGGACAGAAUCGAAGGGCCCCCCCGGCGUGCGUGUCCGAUCCUGCUCAGACAGACGAGCUUCCUUGCUCUCGAAGAGCCAAUCAAGUUCAAAGCCCAGGACCAACUUGUUAGUGGAUCGCACAAAGCCCGCUUUGGCGAGAUUGAGGAACGCGGCGCGGCCGUGACCCUAGCUGGCCGACAGCUCUACGAUAGGCUGCUCGACGAAACCAUGGAAUUGUGCAGUGGGCAGGAGCCUGAAGCAUUUGAUCAGAUGCUUAAGCAUGUCUUUCAAAAGUAUCCCGAUGAUUGGCACCAGCUUCUUUUGCAGGGCCUAGUCUAUUUCGAAUUCCAGUACACGGGCAAACCGCUGACGACGGACGCGGGGACGGAUACUCUUCUUACCAUGGAGAAUGUGUACCAGCUCGUCGAGCAGGGCUACCUAGAGGCGAAACCCAUUACAUACGAGGACUUUCUACCAUUUUCGGCGGCGGGAAUCUUUCAAUCCAAUUUAGGCAAUAAGUCUGACAGUCGCAAACCCAGCUUCAAACCCUGGGCAGACCCCGAGGGCUUCGAGGCUGCAAUGGGCUGCCGGAUUACUGAUCCUCACAGCUUGUACUUUCUAGCACAAAAGUUGAGCAUUGAGAAUAGCUUCCUGGAGAUGAGCAAGGCAGCUGGAGUCAAGCAGCUGCCUCUGGGGAGCAAUUGA